AUGUCGCCGCCACUGUUAUCCAACGUCAUCAUCACAAUGAUGGACCUCACAUGCGGUCAUGUUGCCAUCUUGGCCGUAUCUGUCAUGUUCCUUCUUGUUGCCAGCCAACGCCGCCGACGCGACCAUUUUCCCAUGGCUCCUGGCAAACUCCCAUUGAUUGGACACGCCUUGGCCCUUGCGGACUCGGACAAAUUCUACUCUGUCAUUCAGGAAUGGAUUGCUGGGGUUGGCCAACAAGAGGGUAUCUAUGAAUUCAACCUCUUGGGGAAGCGCUGGAUUGUUCUCUGUUCUACCGAGUCAGUCAUGGCCUGUUUGAAACUACGUCCCUUCAAAAUGAUUCGAGCCAAAAUCUUGAGUCGUUCCAUUGACAGUCUCAAUGGAGAUGGGAUCUUUUCGUCCAACGGAGAUCAGUGGCGUCGGGAACGACGCAUUGUGGGGCCUGCCCUGAAUCAAAAUCAUGUCCGCGAUUUCUUCCCUUCCAUCCAAUUGGUGGCAAAGAGGUUAGUACAAAAGUGGACCAAGGCUGCAGCACAAAAGGUGGAUAUACCAGCCGCCAAUCUUGACAUGACAGCCUUUGCUCUGGACAUUGUUGCCUUGUCGAUUCUUGGUUUGGACAUCAAUACCAUCCAUCAUCCCGAAAAUCAACUGGCGAAAGACGUUGAAGAACUAUUUCGCAUCACCUUUUUGAGAACUCUUGUUCCUAUUCCCUACUGGAAGAUUCCCAUCAUUGGACCGUACUUGGAUGGCUUUCGCGAGGGCAACCAACGCAUUGUCGCCACACUCAUGUCGAAAGUACAAGAAUACCGCAAGCGCAAGGCCAAUGAUGACACGAGCAUCGACAAUGCUAAGAAUCAGACCUUUGUGGAAAAGAUCAUUGACAUUUCGGAAGGAGAAAAGGUGAAACUCAACGAUGAACAAAUUGUAGGCAACCUCCUCACAGUUUUCGUUGCGGCUACCGAUACGGCGUCGAAUACCGUCAGCUUUUCACUCUGGGAGCUGGCCAACGACCUGGCCUUGCAAGAUGAAUUGUAUCAAGAAGUUAUCGAGUAUACAAAUGGCAGCGGCAAGAGAUCACUUGACGAUUUGACCAUGGAAGAUGCCCUCGAAUGCUUCCCUCGACUUCGAUCCUUUCUGUUUGAAAUGCUUCGCCUCAAGGGCCCAGGCCCCUUGCUCUUUUUUGAGCCGGUUGAAAGCAUGGAAUUUCUUGGAAAGACGGUCGAACCGGGAGAUGUUCUUGUGACUGUCGGUCCUUCCUAUCCCCACAAUAAAAAAACUACCAAAAGUGAAGUCCCCUUUGGUCCCAAUGGGGAGCCUCCCCAAGAGUUUUGCGCACGUCGGUGGUUGACCACCGAGCCUCAAGAAGAAAAGAAGGAAGAUGUAUCCCCUACUUGUAUCAUUGGUUUCAGACCCAAGCUCAUUGUUCCGUCCAAUCGAGAAGCUGGUUUUCUUGCCUUUGGUCAUGGACUCCGUGUCUGUCCUGGGAAAAUGUAUGCUCAUGUCGAGAUGGUGACUGUCAUGGUGCACCUGCUGCACAACUUUCGGAUUACUCCCGCCAAGGAUUGUCCCAAGAUGACUGUCGUAUCUCGAUUUACCGAGACUUUUGCGGAGGAUUUGAAACUGACCUUGACGUCACGAGGGAAUUGA